GUUUCCAUUAGUCUCCGUGCAACAAUGGCAGCCUCCUUCGGUGUGUGCAGGUUACACAUGAGUGGAAGGCGAAGCCUGUCAAAGUGCCUUCAAACGUAUGAUCUACUUGUUCGUAGACAGUUCGGAAAAAAUAACGUAGCCGAACAAGCCAAGACAUUGAAUAAGACAGAUGAAUUUGAACCAAAGGAUGGGCUCAAGUCGUUUUAUGCGGUCUUGGAAGAGAGACAAGAGCAAGCGGAAAGAUCUGUCCUCAUUAGCUGUCAAGCCAAAACCAACGAGAAGAAGUUUAUGAAGUAUCUUUCAAGACAUGGACCAAUCAACACAUGUUUCUUUUAUGAAAGCUAUAGUACAUAUGCGGUGGUGGAGUUUGCCAACAAGGAGAGCAUCACAUCACUUUAUGAAGGGACCGCCAUCCCCACUAUCAAUCAUGAAGCCAUGGUGCCUUUCAAGUCCCGGCUGCUCUCUCUCAAAAGUAACGGCCCAGCAGACCUGUCUGACGGCCAGUCGCUUCCCCAGUACCAGCCCCAGACCACCACCCCCAUCAGUGAGCUCAUACAGAGGCUAUCCAAGGAGGAGAGUAUAGACCAGCAGAUGCUGUCCUUGACGGCGAUGUACCAGCUGACCGAGGAGAACAUCUGCCUGCGCUUCCUGGUGUGCUCGCUGCUCCAGGACAUCGCCGCCGCCUACUUCCCAGAAUGCCUCAUCCGGCCGUUCGGCUCGACCGUCAACGGGUUCGGCAAGCUGGGCUGUGACCUGGACAUGUUCCUGGAUCUGGACCGGAUCAGUGGGCGGAACGUGAAGCCGAAAGCAGGCUAUUCCCUGGAGUUCCAGUUGAAGAGGGCCAACUCCGAGCGGGCCGUGACCCAGAGCAUCCUCUCCGUCAUCGGGGAGUGCGUGGACCAGUUUGGGCCGGGCUGCGUGGGGGUGCAGAAGAUCCUGAACGCCCGCUGUCCCCUGGUCCGCUUCGCCCACCAGCCCUCGGGCUUCCAGUGUGACCUCACCGCCAACAACAGGGUGGCGAUGAAGAGCUCCGAGCUGCUGUACCUGUACGGGGGGCUAGACCCCCGGGUUCGCCCCCUGGUGUUCAGCGUGCGGUGCUGGGCCCGGGCCCACAGCAUCACCAGCAGCAUCCCCGGAGCCUGGGUCAGCAACUUCUCCCUGACCGUCAUGGUGCUGUUCUUCCUCCAGAGACGCAGCCCCCCCAUCCUGCCCACCCUGGAGCACCUCAGAGGCCUGGCAGGCCCCGGCGACAGGAGCGUCAUCGAGGGGAACGACUGCACGUUCGUCAGCGACGUCGGCAAGGUGCAGCUGCAGAGCAACACGGAGACGCUAGCGACACUGCUGCAGGAGUUCUUCGAGUUCUACGGCAGCUUCGCGUUCAACCGAAUGUCUAUAGACAUCAGGAAGGGGAAGGAGCAGAACAAGCCCGAGCCGUCGGCGCUCCACAUCCAGAACCCAUUCGAGCCGACCCUGAACGUGAGCAAGAACGUCAACGCGGCCCAGCUGGGCCGCGUGGUGACCCUCUGUCAGGAGGCGGCCUGGAUCCUCCAGCAGCAGGAGUUCGGCGCCCCCCCCGGCCGGGAAGCCAGCCCCGGCGGGGGGCGCGCCCCCUGGGGCCUGGCCGCCCUGCUGCUGCCCUCCAACCAGGCGGCCCGCACCACAGGCCGCCAGAAGAAGAGGAUGGAGCCGGCCAGCGCCAGGAUCAAGAGCCUGCUGGAGAGUCUGAAAAGCCCGGCUCAGAAGAAGAAGAGCUAGGAGGGGAGAGAGGUGACCAGGCUCUCCACCAGAGGUCGCUGUUCACACCAUCCGUCAUCGGACCCUUUAGUAGAGUGGUGACAGGCCACAAGCGGCACUCUCGUCCUGGCCCCCCGAGACAGGGCCGAGGCGGUACGGCGGACUCCGCUACGUGACUCUGCGACCGAGCGGUUUCGCGAUAAGCAAAGACUCUGUCUCCGUGGCAACGACACCACUGCGCAUGUUAGACGUGCUAAAACCGAAAACCUUGCACACACUUAUGUCUGUAUUUUACUUUGUUUAGUUAGGAAGUAAAUGUACAUGGCUUGUUGUGUUUUCAAAUAAAUGCCCUUAUACAGGAUGGACUUUUAAAACUU